AUAUUUUACAGUUUCUUUGCCUUAAGAACAUUCGGACAUUCUUGACUGUGUGCUGUGAAGCCUUCAAUAUGAAAAAAAGUGACCUAUUUGAAGCUUUUGACUUAUUUGAUGUGCGGGAUUUUGCAAAGGUUAUAGAGACUUUGUCCAAGCUCUCCCAUUCUCCAAAUGCCCUGUCAUGUGGAAUCAGGCCGUUUCCCACUGAGGAAAGUGUGCAAGAUGAAGACAUUUACAAAGCUCUGCCUGAUUUACUUGAUGAAUCAGGGAUGGAGGAAGAUGAUGAAUUGUAUUAUGACUGUGUAUACAGAGAGGAUGAAGGAGAUGAAGUGUAUGAAGAUCUCAUGAAGGUUGAAGUUGCAAUGCCCAAUAGGACUGCAGAGAGUGACAUCCGGAGCUGCUGCCUUUUAGAAAUUAAGCAAACAGAAGAGAAAUAUUCAGAGACUCUGGAGUCGAUAGAAAAGUUCUUCAUGGAGCCAUUGAAAAAAUUCUUGCCUACAACAGACCUGCAACAAAUAUUUAUUAAUAUCCCUGAACUUGUGAAAGUGCACAAAAGCCUCAUGCUAGAAGUCAGUGACUCGAUUACGCAUAAAAAUAGCCAAAACCUCUACUUGGUCUUCCUGGCAUAUAAAGAGAGACUUCUUAUUUAUGGAGAGUACUGUAGUCAGGUGGAGUCAGCCAUAUCUAUCCUGGAUAACAUAUGUAAAACCAGAGAAGACGUCAGAUUAAAACUGGAGGAAUGUUCGAAGAGAGCAAAUAACGGGAAAUUCACACUGCGGGAUCUUCUUGUUGUUCCUAUGCAAAGGGUCCUGAAAUAUCACUUGCUGCUCCAGGAACUGGUUAAACACACUACUGAUGAUACAGAAAAAAAUAACCUGCGUUUGUCACUUGAUGCAAUGAAGGAUUUAGCUCAAUAUGUGAAUGAGGUUAAACGAGACACAGAAACCAUGCGGGAAAUCGAGCAAUAUCAACAUUCCAUUGAGAACCUGAAUCAGCCCUUAAUACAGUAUGGAAGACCGAAGGUGGACUGCGAGAUAAAGUUUAGCACACUGGAUAAACGCACCAGGCAGGACAGGUAUAUAUUCCUGUUUGAUUUGGCCGUUAUUGUGUGCAAAAGAAGAGGGGGACAACCAUGAAAUGAAGGAGAUAAUUGAUCUUCAAAAGUACAAAGUAACCAAUAACCCAACUACUGACAAAGAGAACAGAAAGUGGUCUUAUGGCUUUUAUCUUACACAUGUCCAAGGGCAAAAUGGCUUUGAGUUUUACUGUAAGACCAGAGACUUGAAGACCAGAGACUUGAAAAAGAACUGCUGGAACAGUUUGCAAUGGCCCUGUCUAACAUUCGGCCAGAUAAUGCCUUAGAAAACAACCAUGACUUCAAGAUGCAUACGUUUGACCGUGUCACAUCCUGCAGCGUGUGUCAGAUGCUUCUCAGAGGAACUUUCUUUCAGGGAUAUCUGUGCUCCAAAUGUCGGACUGGAGCUCAUAAAGAGUGCCUGGGCAGAGUGGAGACUUGUGGGCGUGCAGACUCUGGAACACUGAAGCAUGGGAAAGAAAAUGGGCCUCGGAGGACAAUAAGACACACAGAUUCAGGCUUAGCAAAGUUGCAAGCUAUAAGGAAUUACAAUGGUUACCCAUCACCCCCUAUAAAUGACGGUCCAUCGCUCACUAUACAGGUUGGCGAUACCAUAGAGCUGCUAAGGGCUGAUGCUCACAGUUUAUUCUGGCAGGGAAGGAACAUUGCCACAGGGGAGCUUGGCUUUUUCCCAAGUGAUGCUGUUAAACCAAGUCCAUGUGUUCCAAAGCCUGUGGAUUACUCUGGACAGCCAUGGUACGCAGGUGCUAUGGAGAGACUGCAGGCUGAGAGUGAAUUAAUAAACCGAGAGAACUGCACCUACCUCAUCCGACACAGAACGAAGGAGAGCGGAGAGUAUGCAAUCAGUAUUAAGUACAACAAUGAAGUGAAGCACAUCAAGAUAUUAACGAGAGAUGGCUUUUUUCGCAUUGCAGAAAAUAGGAAAUUUAAAAGUUUAAUGGAACUUGUAGAGUAUUAUAAGCACCAGUCUCUUCGGGAGGGUUUUAGGAGUUUGGAUACAACCCUACUGUUCCCUUACAAAGCUGUGGAAAAUCAGGCUGGCCAUGCAAGCAACAGAUCGUCUGGGAUGUCCACGUCUGUGCUGUGUGGGUUUGCUUUUGUUACUGCGCCUGAGUACAGCUUUGUGCCCCCCUCCACUUCUCCCUUCUGGUCAGUCCUCAAUCCUAAGGUUCUAGGUAUUGCCAUUGCUCGUUAUGAUUUUUGUGCCAGAGACAUGAGAGAGCUUUCCCUGUUCAAGGGUGAUGUGGUGAAGAUCUAUACAAAAUCAGGGACGAAUGGCUGGUGGAGAGGGGAAUCUAAUGGAAAGGUUGGCUGGUUUCCAUCCACAUACGUAGAAGAAGAUGAGUGA